AUGAAAAAUGUCAAAAACACCCUUAAGCAGCAGAUCGAGCUGCUUUGCAGUCGCAUGCAGGCGCACCCAGACAUUGCGCGCGGUUUUUAUAAAGGCCAGAAGGACGAUGUUAACAAGCUUUGGCGCCAGGUGGAAGAGGAUUUAAACUCGGCUGGACCACCAAUGAAAAAUGUGUGCGAAUGGAAAAAGGUUUGGGCUGAUCAAAAAAAAAAAUACGUACGGCGAAAGGCUGCCCAAAAUCUAAAAGCUGGCAAAGGAACUGGUGGAGGACCCAACAUGGAACAAAAAUUGUCGCCUACUGAAGAAGCAAUCUACGAGUUAGUUGGGAUGAAGGAAUCUGUGGAAGGUGUAUCAGACACAUUAAAGUUUGGCCUUUCAAGUCAUGUGACAAAGUCACCUGCAGAUAAUUCCACAGCAGAGAAUUAUAUACUCGAUAGCACUUUUGAAAUACUCCGUAUCAGCCGAAAACGAAAAAAACACAACGCUCCGCAAAGCGAGCCAAAAAAGCAAAAUAGCUAUCCUAACGAUAUGUUUGUAGAGGAAAUCGGUGUACAAAAAGAG